AUGUUGCUGCCUUCUGCCCUCGGAUGCGACGUGCGCCGGUCGUCUCGCUUCACUCCCAACCGCCUCUUCUCAACACCACCUCCCACCGACAGAGGAUACCCCUCUGGUAACGGCUUGCUCGGUACCUGCCGCGCACUACAGUCUCUCUUAAGUGGAUCGCCGGCUCCGUCACCGCGCCGGUCUGUCAAGCCGCAGCGCCUCCAGAGUCCUCUUCCCACCAACCCGCCGCGUCGCUCGACUCGAUCGCGCAAGGUUGCCCGACCCGCGUCGCCUCGCCAAACACCUCCUCCGGCCUCCAUCCCAUCCACACCUCCUCCUCCGCCUUCUGCGCCCGCGCGUGGCGCCAACAAGCGCCGUCGCUCAAGUUUCGACGAUGACAGCGACGCGGACAUGGGCCCUACUCGUACUCGAUUCUCCACACCGAAACGCCAACGACACGCGCCCUAUAACAUGCCUCUUGGUCUCUCCUCAACAGAUUUCUAUUCGUUGCACUCUCCCCCUAUCACGCAAUCACCGCCCUCCCCGGCGCGUCAAACAGGAGCGCGCAUUCCAGACUUUGGUCCGUGCAUCGAUCCAGAUGCCGUCCUCCCCUCUAUUGAAGAGCACGACCUGCCUGCAAAAUCUUCAUCCGAAUGGACUUCCGCCGAAGACCAACGUCUUCUCGAGCUGGUUCUCGAGAAAUUCUGCUUCUCUCAACAAGAAUGGGACGAGUGCGCGCGCCAAUUGCGUCGCACAAACCCCGCCGACGUCAGCCAACGAUUCAAUUCCUUCAUAGGCGAGGGCCGUAUUGGUCUACGACGCGGACGGUGA